CCAAACAUGUCGACGGAACCCGUCUCUUCCCCGAUCAGCACGCCUCGCCACCGCCCCGGGCCUCGCCGCACCGUCCACUAGCCACCGCUUCCCCGGUUCCCCUACGAUCCUCAAAGCCCUAAUCGUCCUCCCGAGCCUCUGCCGCUAGCUGUUCCUGAAUCCUGACACCCCUUGCGGUGUUGACAUGGUUCGGUCUCACGACGACGGUGCCGACGGCAGGGAGGAGGCCCGGCCCGUGGCCUGCGAUACGGGCCCGGUGAAGAAGGAUAGGAAGAGGAGGUGUAAGCGGAAUCGGAAUCGGAGCAACGCCAAGGCUACGCCGCCUGCUCCUGCGCCUGCGCCUCCACCUGCCCCAUCGCAGGAGCACCGCGCUACCACCAGCGACGACGAACGGUCGGCUCAGGUCAGGGCCAUGGUGGGUGAGCAGGUGCGGCAUAUGCUUGCCGUCCGCGACGCUAGGAAGAAAGAAACUGCCGAGCUACUUAAACGCCUCAAUGGGGAAAGUGACUUUUCUGUGGAGGAUACAUUUGGUGACUGCAAUGAUGGCAGUCUUGAGAGUCUCCAGGCUCGCAAAGUUGCAUUGUUGGUCUCAAAGUCAAUCGUCAGCCUGUCUUCUUUUGCAGGUGGAAAGAGAAUCCGGGUUUGCUCAGGAUUUGUGAUGCGCCGAAAAGACGAUACCGAUGCAAAUAUGGUUUUAACCUCAGCAACACUUGUUAGAUCUCUGAUCAAUGGAGAUAACAAUGUGAUCUCUGACGUGACGGUCAAGGUGCUUCUACCUGAUUGGCGUAUAACCGAUGGCCAUAUCCUUCUUGUGGAUUUUCACUAUAAUGUAGCUGUUGUCAAAGUUGAAACUGAUUUACCAGUCUUAGAAGAAGGCACUACCAACAAUGGAGUUGUGUUAGCACUUGGACGUGCAUAUGAAGGUGGUUAUCUCAUGUGUUCACGGGGUCAAGCUGUAAACCAAAAAAGCACUUUUGAGUGUUUGGAGCUAUUGGUGUCAAGCUGCGAAAUAUCCAUGGCUGGUUCUGGAGGACCUCUUGUCAAUUACAAUGGUCAAGUUCUUGGUAUGAACUUCUAUGAAGACAAUCAAACAUCGUACCUUCCAAUGUCAAUUGUUUCAAGGAUCCUGGAACAACAUCAGAGCUUCGGGAAAUUAAUUAGCCCUUGGCUUGGAUUAAGGUAUACUUCUCUUCAUAUGGUGUCACUGGCAACCCUGGAGCGUAUCUAUCAAAAAUUCCCAGAUGUUGACCAAGGUUUAUAUGUUUCAAAGGUUGUUGAGGGAUCACCUGCUGAUGUUGCUGGGUUAUGUGUCGGUGAUGUUAUUGUAAAAUGCGGUGAAAAAGUUAUUCUGACUGCUCCAGAGUUUGGUUCAAUGUUAUUGGAUGCUGCGGUGGCCCAUGUUGAAUCCUUUGGAGGUUGUGAUGGAGACAUGACAAUUGAGGUUGUGAUAAAGCAACGAAGAGAUGGCAACACACUAUCAAAAACUAUAGUUGUGGAGAUGCUGAAAGAGAACAAUUAUAACAGGUGGCCUGCGCCGAUGCCAAGCUACAAGAUGCGUGUUAUAAAUGUCACGCCGCGUGGCAUAGGCGGCUACUAGCACCCCCCCCCCCCCCUGUCUGCUAUCUCUUUUUUUCAGUCUAGCGCUUCACUGUGUUGGAUUACACAUCUUUUUCAUGAUCUCCAUGGCUUGUAUUUUUGUUGAGAAACCAUGACUUGUGAUUCGCUAUGGAUCUCAUGUUAAUCCAUGUUAUAAUAACAAGCUGGUCAGGGAAAAUAAAUUGGAGGUA